AUAUAUUUUGUUACGGUUUGGAAAAAUUUCAGUGGCGAUUGUGUUUUUUUGUUGAUUUCAAAAACGUAGUUUAUCGGUCAGGAAUGUAUAAUUAAAAUAUUAUUUAUGUAUAAUUUCUCGAUGAUAUCUGGUCAUAAGUAAUACAGUGUUUGAUAAAAAGAUUUUAAAUAUGGGUCGAAUGAAGAAUAUUUGACGUAGUUCUAUUGAUUGUCGAAUGUGUGCAGCUGCAGUCAAGCACAGUGUUGCGGCGACGAGAUACGAAGGACGGAGUUACGAUAAAUUACACACAAUGCUUUGACACAUGUAUAGUCAUCAUUUAAUCAUUGACUUCCGUAGAGAUUAAACCGACAAUUUUUAAAGCUUAACUAUAUAUACACAAAAUAUACAGAUAUUCAUGUAUAUAAAUAGUUUUGGCACUCAACCACCGCGCCAACGUAUCAGUGCAACGACUGGAUAUUUCCUCUAACCAAAAAAUAAAUCUAUUUUUUAAUAUACGCACCUAAAUUUGUUGGAAAUAUGGCAUCGCUCAGUGGAUUCGUCGAAUUUUUCCAAAAAGGAAAGACAUUCAGACCUAAAAAAAAAUUCAAUCAUGGAACUUUGCGCUAUUCAUUGUACAAACAGGCUCAAGCUUCUUUGAAUUCUGGAAUAAAUCUCAGAACAGUAGUUAAAUUACCACCAGGCGAAGACCUCAAUGAUUGGAUUGCAGUCCAUGUGGUUGAUUUUUUCAAUAGAAUAAAUCUUAUAUAUGGCACCAUUUCUGAAUACUGCGACUCAGCAUCGUGUCCAACGAUGAGCGGCGGUGCUCGCUUUGAAUAUUUAUGGGCUGAUGGUGGUGGUAAAUACAAAAAACCAACUGCACUUCCAGCCCCGCAAUAUGUCAGUCUUCUUAUGGAUUGGAUCGAAUCACAAAUCAAUAAUGAAACAAUUUUUCCUGUUUCAACAGAUGUGCCAUUCCCGAAGACUUUUGUACCGUUAUGCAGGAAGAUAUUAACAAGGCUAUUCCGAGUAUUUGUACACGUGUACAUACAUCAUUUUGAUCGCAUUGUGGCAAUCGGAGCUGAAGCUCACGUUAACACGUGUUACAAGCAUUUUUAUUAUUUUGUGACGGAGUUCGAACUCAUAAAUCCAAAAGAAUUGGAACCAUUAUCUGAGAUGACAUCAAAGGUUUGCAAAGAUUCAACAACUUCGAAUUCCCAAAAUUCUACAUCAUCGAACAAUUCGAGAUAAUUUAUUAUUUUCCGUUCCGUUUAACGGAAAAUGUGUUCUAAAGAAUUUAUUCAGCUGAUGGCACAAGUACUUGAAAUAUUCAUAAUGCAUUGUGCCGAUAUAGGCGUACUUGCUUGCAUUGCUCAAACAAAACUGACGUGAGUAGUUUUGAAACUAUGCCGAUUUACAUAUAACCCAACAUGUGUAAAGCAUGAAAUCUUUCACAAGUCGGAAAAUUUAACCAAGGCAUAAUAAUAAUGAUAGAAUGUGGAGUAUAUUGAUAAAGAGCGUGAACAAAAACAACUCAGUGAAAUGGUUUCUUAACAAUAUCACUAUGUAGUUGAUUUGAAUACGAAAGAAAAAGCUAUAUUGCAUAAUAUUUUUAAUGCUUUACUACUGAUAUUAUAUUCAUUUUUGUACACUGUAUACAUACAGCGAGCAAAAAUUUUUCUGAUAUUCAACCAAUGAAUUUUGUACAUUUACAUUUUUAUAAGGAAAACUUUUGAUAUUCUAGUCAAAGUUAAAAUUAAGAUUGGCAUGAUUCUCACUUGCACUAUCGCAGUCCAGGUCUUCUUCGGUGAGCUGCCACUGAACGAGACAGUUGAUUAGUGUACGUCCAAUGUUAGGUGACUAAUGUCAUUGUUAGUUGCGAAAGGAUUUAUCACACUGUAUAAAAUGGUAUUAUUAAAGCUUAAAUAGAAAAUUUCA